AUGGAUUCAAAAGUUACAUUAAAAGGAAAGAAUCCAGGCGACAAGGCUAACAUAUUUUCCAACAUUUUUUUAACAUGGAGCUUCAACCUUUUUCGGCGAGGAUACAAAGGGGCAUUAAAAAUCGAAGAUCUUUGGCCCGCUCGAGAGGGCGACCACUCGGGACGCCUGGGCGACCGACUUGAGGAAGCAUGGCAUUACGAACAAGAAAAGGCCAGCAGGAAUGGUAGCAAACCAUCACUAUCACGGGCCAUUAUCAGUUCCUUUUGGGUCGAGUACUUAAUAUGCGGCAUAUUUGUAGGACUGCUUUAUAUCAUAUUAUGGCCCCUUAUACCAUACACUUUAUCAUUAUUCAUUGCUUAUUUUUCCGGUGAGAAAAAUCCCGAAACAUACAAAUACGCACACAUAUACAAUUUUGUGAUGAAUUUUCUUAGUGUAUUGACAUCAGUGAUGAAUAAUCAUGUAAAUUUGGCACAAGGUCGCAUUGGAAUGAGAGUAAGAAUAGCAUGCUGUUCCCUCAUAUACAGGAAGAUUUUGAAACUUGAUCGCAUCGGGAUGAGCAAAACUGAAACUGGACAAGUCAUAAACUUAAUGUCGAAUGAUGUAAAUCGUUUCGAUAUGGUGGCGUUGUUCCUCAACUAUUUGUGGGUAAUGCCUAUAGUGGUGCCAGUCGUCUCCUAUUUGAUUUGGCAACACGUCACCUAUGCCGUUUUUGCAGCUUUAUUGGUUAUUUUCGUCCAAGUUGUGUUAGUGCAAGUUUACCUUAGUAACCUCCAAGGUAAAUUCAGAGGGAAGAUAGCGAAGCGGACUGAUGAGAGAGUGAGGGUCAUGAGCGAAUUGGUUAGCGGAGUUCAAGUCAUCAAAAUGUAUGCAUGGGAGAAACCGUUCGAGAAGAUCGUCGAUAACUUAAGAAAACUUGAAGUAAAAUUUAUCAGCCGGACUUCAAUGGUCAAAGGAUUUUCAACAGCUUUAAUGGUGUUCACGGAGAGAUUUAUUUUGUUUGCCACGGUUGUCACUUUCGUAGUAAUGGGCGGACAGAUCAGAGCAGAGAUUACUUUUUCCCUCGUCCAGUACUUCAACUUGAUGCAAUUGGCCUGUAACAUAUUUUUCCCAAUGGCUUUGUCUUUCUUAGCUGAAACUAAAGUCUCAGUAAGGCGACUAGAGGAGUUUCUUAACUUAGAAGAAAUAGGUUCUGCGAAGGAAAAGGCAGAAAAAGCUCAUUUGAAAAAUCCUCUAAAUGGUUUGAAUGGAAUAUUGGAUAAAGAAAAAGAAAUGGAAAAAGAGAAACAAAAGCCCACGGCACUUGUUCUGGCCAAUGUAAGUGCCAGCUGGCACCCAGAUACCAUUGUUAAUACGUUGAGGCAUAUUAACCUAACCAUUCAGCCUGGCGAAUUUGUAGGAAUAGCUGGCCUCGUGGGCUCAGGAAAAUCGUCUCUGCUGCAACUCAUUUUGGGUGAACUACCGGCGUCAGAGGGUGUUGUGUCCUUGGGUGGUGCUCGUAUUUCAUAUGCCAGUCAAGAGCCCUGGUUGUUCGUAGCUACAGUGAGACAAAAUAUACUUUUUGGUUUACCAUAUGAUCCAGUACGCUAUAAAAAGGUGGUGACAGCAUGUGCUUUGCUACGAGACUUCGAGUUGUUACCGAAUGGCGACAGUACUCUUGUAGGCGAGAGAGGAACAAGUCUUAGUGGUGGACAGCGAGCUCGCGUGGGAUUGGCUCGUGCUUGCUACAGACAGGCUGACGUUUAUUUGUUAGACGAUCCGUUGUCUGCAGUGGACACUCAUGUAGGAAAGGAACUUGUUGCCAAGUGCAUGAUGGGACUUCUAAGACACUCUACACGUAUUCUCGUGACUCACCAGCUCCACCAUCUCAAAUUUGCUGACAGAGUUGUCAUAUUACACAAUGGAGAAAUUGAGAAAGAAGGCACCUUCGAGGAAGUGUCUACUUCAGCUUUGUUUGAAGAGUUAUUAGAGGAAGAACAACCAUCGGAGGAAACUGGCCGGCCUCAGACGCUGCGGCAACGAACCACCUCAAUCCAGUCACAUGCGAGUGUUUCUACUCUCAACGAAGCAGGAUUAGGUGAUGAAGAACAGCCGACGGAAGAUGAAGAACUUGUCGGACAAGGACGCGUGCGUGGAACCGUAUAUCGACAAUACUUCCGUGCUGGAGGGAACUGGUGGUUGCUCACGUUGACAAUUGUGUCAAUCGUCAUAGCACAGGUGGUCACAUCUGCUGGUGAUCUGUGGCUGACACGUUGGAUGAACGAUGUAGAAUCAUAUAACUCGGUCGAAGCUGAAGCAAGAGACGGCAUGAACUCGACUCUAUUUAAGGCAAUUAAUGACUUUAAUGAAACUGACACAAUAACUUCUGAGAUACCAGAGAUCACUACAGAAAAUAACAUAAAUAUGACUGUGAUAGGCACCAUAUUGAAGACUGCAAAGACUAUACAAGAGUUUGUGCCUUAUGGUGAAUACAUUGAUGAUUCAUACUACAUUUACAUAUGGGCUAUUACAAUCGUUGGUUGUAUUUUACUUACUACAUGGAGAUCGGUUUUAUUCUUGUGGGUGUGUAUGCGCAGCUCUAUAAAGCUACAUAAUCAAAUGUUCGGCAAUAUACUAGGUGCUACUAUGAGGUUCUUCGAUACCAAUGCUUCAGGUCGAAUAUUAAAUAGAUUCUCAAAGGACAUGGGUAUAGUUGACGAAAUGUUGCCAAGAAUGUAUUUGGAUAGUAUUCAGGUGUGCUUCGUAAUGUUGGGUAUAUUGGUAAUGGUGGCUAUAGUCAACCCUCUCAUGUUGGUAACGACAGCAGUCUGCGCUAUUAUCAUGUACUUUUGGACAAUGAUCUACCUUAGCACAGCACAAUCUAUUAAAAGAGUUGAAGGCACUUCUCGCAGUCCUGUGUUCUCCCACGUCUCCGCCAGUAUAUCGGGCUUGGUAUCGGUGAGAGCAUUUGGUGCUCAAGAAAUGCUUAUUAAACAAUUUGACGACAAACAGGACGUGCACACUGCUGCUUGGUACUUGACUCUAAUCUCGAAUACUUGUUUCUCCAUUUGGUUGAAUCUCAUAUGUGCUUCUUAUGUUAUUGUGGUUUCGUACACGUUUCUAUUAAUGGAUGACGGGAGCACACGAUCUGGAAACGUUGGAUUAGCAAUCAGUCAGGCUCUGAUUCUCGUGAACAUGGUCGGUUACGGGGUAAAACAGGCCACCGAAGUGAUAUCUCAAAUGACGAGUGUAGAACGUGUUAUUCAGUUCACGUCGCUACCACAGGAGAGACAUGACGGACCAUCUCCCCCUAAAGGAUGGCCGGAGCGUGCCAAACUAGUGUUUAAGGACCUCAAGCUACGGUACGACGUGGACUCUGAACCAGUGCUGAAAGAUCUUAACAUUGUUAUCGAAAGCGGUUGGAAGGUCGGAGUAGUUGGCCGUACAGGAGCUGGUAAAUCAUCAUUGAUAUCUGCUCUGUUUCGGUUGGCACCCAUCGAAGGUCACGUGUAUAUUGACGAUGUCGAGACAGGCUCAAUCGCAUUAAAGGAAUUAAGAUCUAAGAUAGCGAUCAUUCCUCAAGAACCAGUACUAUUCUCAGCUAGUUUACGCUACAAUAUGGAUCCGUUUGACAAAUACACAGAUGCAGAUAUUUGGAAAGCCUUGGAGCAGGUGGAGUUGAAGAACAGUGUGACUUCACUUUCGAAUGCAGUGGUAUCUGGCGGAGCGAAUUUCAGCGCGGGCCAGCGUCAGUUGUUGUGUCUCGCUCGUGCGGCACUCGCUCGUAAUCGACUGCUCGUGCUCGACGAGGCCACAGCUAAUGUCGACCCAACCACCGACACAUUGAUCCAGAAAUCCAUACGUAAAUACUUCUCAGACUGCACGGUGUUGACAGUGGCGCAUCGUCUUCACACAGUGGCAGAUUCUGAUAGAGUUGUUGUGAUGGACGCAGGCCGCAUAGUAGAGUGCGGUCACCCGCACGAGUUACUUCAAAUGUCGGAGGGUCACUUCAGUCGAAUGGUGCAGCAGCUCGGUGCCGCUGCCGAGCAGAGUCUGCGCGAACUGGCAGCACGAGCUCACGCUCAACACAUCAAAUACGUUGACGAUGAUGCCAACCAGAUACGUACGUCUUAGGUACAUUACUAGAAGUUCCGAAACAUUGUUACCAAUUUAUUUAAAUCAUAUUGUGACUUGAUAGUAGAAUUAUAUAUUUUGAUACUGAUCGUAAAGAAAGAUUUACUAAAAAAAAACAUGAGACUGGUGAUUUUUCUUGGGACCCGUUUAAGAAGAAAUUUUCCAUCCUGCUUCGUAUGAUCCCAGUUUAUAUGGAAACGCCAAGUGAAUAUUACAUAGUAUUGUUAAGCGAAGAUUAAAUAGACAAUACAAUUACGUAUUUUAAAUAUACACGCACCGAUGAAAAUGCUCGCCAUUUUUCUGGAGACCGCUAGUAAAUAACCUGCUUUAUAUUCGAAUAUUUUUGCCUGGAAGAAAUCUAGCUACUAAACCACUGUGACAUACAUUAUAAUUAACUUAGUUAUGGAAAUCCCAAACAAUCUGAUAUGGACUAAAAUUAAAUAUUACCAGUUACAUAGGAACAUAUAUUAACCCAGUGCAACAAAUGUUACCUGCUUCGACUAAAGUAAAAAAACAAAGCAUUUAUGAAUCGGCCUAUGUGGGCAAUAAUUUAAACAUUUGCAAAAGGAUCUUCAAACUUAAAAUUUCAAUGGCUAUCAUGAAAUUUACUUUAGUCAAAGGUUAUUCUAUGAUUUUUUAUGCUAAGUACUUACAUAUACUAAGUAGUUAUCAAUAAAACUAUGUGUAACUUUGUAUAAUAGUACUUAAAACAUUUUUGAUUACAUUUACCUUUUUGGGUAAUCUUGACUUUUUUAUCACAUUUGUUACAAGAUAUAAAUUAUAUUCUGUCACACAUACUCGUACUUAAUUUUUUUUUGUUUUUUGAUAUCAUACAUACUCUACACACCAAAAAUAUAUGGCAAUAUGUUUAAAGUAUAGUUCUUAGUUAUUCGAGUUUACCUUAGGGUAAUUGAUUAUUUACAUUUUAUUUAAUUUUUCCUUCAAUAAACUUAAAUUAUAAAACAAUCAAUCUGUAGAUUGUAUUACUCAUAAAUAA